AUGUCAGUUAAAUUCACCGAAGAUAUUCACUAUCAUCCUUUGCAGUUUCAAUUUAUUGAUGUUUACAAGUCUUUACCAUCAUUAUGGAAAGUGAAAUCCAAAGACUAUAGCAAUAGAAUGAUAAAAAAUAGAGAUUAUAAUGUUUUAGUUGAAAAACUAAAGGAAAAAUAUCCUGAUGCUACUAAAGAAAUGGCAGUAAAAAAGAUAAACGUCAUGCGUACAUCAUAUCGUCGUGAAUUAAAGAAACAAAGAGCAAGUCUAAAAUCUGGUGCUGGCGCAGACGACGAAUAUGUGCCAACUCUUUGGUACUUUGAUCAUCUCUCGUUUCUUAAUGAUCAGGAAGAGUUCAUUACAGGACGAACUACAAUGGAAGAUGAAAUAGAAAGCGGGGAAUUUGACAUUCCAUCAAAAAGGAGAAAGACUUGUCCAGAAGACAAUUUAAUAAAGUUAGCGUGCGAGAAAUUAAGCAAUAGCAACUGUCAGCAAAAAGAAAAUGACUCUUUGGCGAAAUCGUGGAAUGCUCAGUACCAAGAAAUUAAUGACAAUCAAAAAAUAUUUGCAAGGAAAAUAAUUUCGGAUGUUUUAUUUCACGGUUGCCUAGGAAAGCUGGAGCUAAAUGAUACUAUAAAAAUCCAAAAUAUUUUAAAUAAGAAAAGCGACAGUUUAAAUACAUCAGUACCCAGAAACGUAACAAAAAUUUCCAACACCGUUUAG